AGUUAAACAUCGUUUGUCAGGGAGUCAGAAUUUGCCUUCAACAAGCAGCGUAAAAUCCACGUUUUGGUUUCCUUGUGCGUAAUUACGCAUCUAGAUCUUCACUUACAGACGAGACUGAGUGGCUGAACUUGUUCAAGUCCCUGCGGAGAAAAAGAAAGAAAGAAAGAACGAAAGAAGCUAUGGAUUUGGCGUGUUUGGUGUGUUUGGCACUGUGCGCCGGUGCUUGGUUCGUCUCUGCCGAGAGACACAGCGUCUACUGGAACAGCUCGAAUGCAAACUUCCUGUGGGACGAUUACACCGUGGAAGUGAGCAUCAAUGACUAUUUGGACAUCAUCUGUCCCCACUACACCCACGGCGAGGUGUCGUCGCACGCCGCCGAGCGCUAUGUGCUGUACAUGGUGGAGAGGGAGGACUACGAGGUGUGUAAACCUCACUCCUUUGACCAGCUGCGUUGGGAGUGCUCGCGGCCUUUUGCUCCCCAUGCCCCUGAGAAAUUCUCUGAGAAGUUCCAGCGCUUCACACCGUUCACCCUGGGCAAGGAGUUCAGACAGGGAGAGAGCUAUUAUUAUAUCUCCAAGCCAAUGCAUCACCAUGGCCAGGACUGUUUGCGGCUGAGAGUGGAUGUCGUCGGAAACAAAGGCUCUGGAAAAUCUCACCUGGACAAAUCCAAGACAGAGGAGACGGGGAAAAGCCAGGAUGGAGGAAAAAUGAAGUUCCCCGCUGCCGGGGGAGUGCACAACCCCUCAAACCGGCUCCCAGCAGAUGACCCUGCUGUGAUGGAGCCAAACGUCCAGAGGAGUGUGGGCAGUUCAGCAACACAGCUUGUUUCUUUUUCACUCUUCUUCACCAUAAUCCCAGUCUUAAUAGCGCUGAUGCUGCACUAAGACGAAACCACAACAGAGACAAUACUAAGCCAAUGCUGGUCAUUGGGACCAUGAAGACUCAGAGAUUGUUUUUCUACAGAUUUUUUUUAUACAAAGCAGUGCUGUCGGCGUGUGUUCGUUUGACGUGUUUGUUUGCGUGAACGUGGAAUGUGGAUCGUUCCAAAGAAGAAGACCUCAAAAGUAUGUGUGUGCGUGUUUGUGUUUUUGUUUUGUUUUUUAUACACGAGGAUGGAUUUCUCAUUUUUGAACAUUUGAAAUGCACAUUUUUUUCAGUCAUAAUGAACAAAACUGGAAGCACACUGAUCAAAACACUUGAAUAACAUGAAUUAAUGUUGGAUAGCGACAACAAGAGGAGCUCGAUACUUUUAUCCUUUAACAUGAUCCGCAUUGCUAUACUAUGCCUGGAUGUUCACACCGUUGGUACAGCUGUGCAUUGUAUUACUGAUUUCAAACGGCUAAUGUCAUCUUUCUUCCUCUUCAUGUAGAGAAAUUAUCGACUGUGUAUGUGAAAUGUUGUUGGCUUCUGCCAAAGUGUUCUACAGUGCAUCACGCCGUCAUGUCUGUCAUGUAGCACUUGGCUCCCUGUUGUAUCUCUGUUAGUCUGGCAAAGCGUCACUUUGGCAUUCACAUGACAAAGCACAAUGCUUCAGGUACUCUAGAAUGUAAAGAAAGUACACAUUUAGUUAACAAAAAAAAGCCAAAGUGAUCAAUAGCAAAUUUAAAAGAAACGCAUCA